AAUUUUUUUUUUUUUUUUUUAGUGAGGUAAGAAAAAGAAUUUUAGGUAUGAGGAAUAUUAGAUCCGUCAUUGAGUUAUUGAGUAUUGUGUACGUAGUACGUACGCCUUGUAACUUGUGAGUUUGUGACAUUAAACGAAGGCAGUAAUUUGAUCAAGGCAUUCACCAUCUGGGACACGAAAUUCUCACUACAGUCAUGUCUCUCUCUCCUCUAUUUACCCUCUUUCUCUUCCUCUCAUUGAACCCACAUUCACAUUCAUUUCCUUUCACCGCUUCUGCUGCUUCAGAGGAUGUCAAGAUUACAUAUGGAUCUGUUGUGAAGUUGAUGCAUGAGAAAACCAAGUUUAGAUUGCAUUCUCAUGAGUUGCCUUAUGGUUCUGGUAGUGGACAACAAUCUGUUACUGGUUUUCCUACUGGAGAUGACGCCAAUAGUUAUUGGGUUGUUAGGCCAGAGGUGGGAGCAUCUGCUAAACAAGGCGACGCAAUUGUAAGUAACACUAUUAUCAGGCUGCAGCAUAUGACAACCCGAAAGUGGCUGCACAGCCAUACCUUUGAAUCACCACUUUCUGGCAAUCAAGAGGUUAGCUGCUUUGGGAAAGAGAGUGAGUCUGACAAAGGUGAUCAUUGGAGACUUUUAGUUGAAGGAACGAGAAAAACGUGGAGGAAAGACCAAAGGGUUCGGCUUCAGCAUGAAGUUACUGGUGUUUAUCUUCAUAGCCACAAGAAGUACUACGGCAUGGGCCAGCAAGAGGUUUGUGGGGUGCUAGACAAGCACAGUGAUAAUGUUUGGACUGCAGCUGAGGGUGUUUACCUCCCUGUGAUUGAUACCAAACACGACGCUUAGCAACAUUGCAGAAUAUACUAUUAGCAUAGACAUACAUAUCAAUCAUAUACCAAUCUUUUCAAACAAGCACAUGUUAUAUUUGAUGCUUGCAAUUGCACCCAACUUGACUGUCAAUUCUCAAGCAAGUGCUUCUACAACCAAGCAUUGUGUACUGAUGAUUGAUCAUAAUUUUUAUAGCUUUUUAAACUUGUACUCCCUUUUCUAUUUUUUUAUGAAUUUCCUUUUGUUUGUAACGUCACAUCGUAUAAGAGACAAUUGAUAAUUGUUUGGUAUUAUCACUGAUUUA